ACGUGCAGUUCAUGGCUAUAGCAACCGUUGCUGGGGAGCUGUGAGUCUGACGCUGGGCAGCAGAAUAGGGCCUAGGACAGCUUCGGGUGCAAACCCCACGGAGGACAGGCUUCCUAAUGGCUACGCCCACAGAUGAAACUGCAGAAGAUCUGCCUGUGAGGGAUUUGGGUCCAAGCCUUUUAGGGAUCGGAAUGAAUCAAGAGUCCAACUCUCCUCAGAGUAUAAAGGCACGACAAGCUGUGUCACGUAUUACACGGCAGGAACUGGAAGACAGAUACUUACGUAUUCACGAUGAGAACCUUUUGCUCAAACAGCAUGCACGCAAGCAAGAAGAUAAAAUAAAGAGGAUGGCUACAAAGUUAAUACGAUUAGUCCAGGACAAGAAAAAAGCAGAACCUGGGUCCAUAGUUCCAAGAAGGUCUGGGAAGGACGUGGAGCUUGAAGAGAUGAUUGAGCAGCUGCAGGAGAAUGUGCGUGAGCUUGAAAAGCAGAAAGAAGGUUUACAGAACCGCUUAAUAGCUGCAAAGCAGCAACUGCAAACCCAGGGCCACCGACACACGCCAUAUAAUUACAUACAGGCCCGUAUUAACUCUGGCGUUCGAAAAGUCAGUGAGGGCGUUUUAAUGCAAGAGAACAUUCGUAGAGGAAUGCGUGUGCAGGAUCCUGAUGUCGCCUCUAGAGCCACCCAGGCUGCUCUUCCAAGAUAUGGCCAUAGUUUGCUUGAAGAAGCCAGAGCAGAGAUCAGAAACCUUGAAAAUGUGGUAGAGUCACAGCGGGGGCACCUUGAGGAGCUGGAACACACAGCAGCAAUCCUUAAGGAUGAACUACACAGGAAAGAGAAGGAGCAUGAGGAAUAUUCCCUGCAUUUUAGGGAGCUACAGGCCACAGAUCAAAGGACAACAAUCAAAGAGAAUGUUGUAAUGAUUAAGCUUCAGAAACAACUGUCAGAAAAAAACAGAGCUUUUACAGAGAUGGAGAGCAAGUUUCACAUGCUCCAAGAGAACCUACAGACAAUGAAAGUGAGCCAAGAUGCCUUCUUGAACGAAGUGGACAAACUUAACAGACUGCUGAAGGAAGAGCGUAUGAAAACCCUUCAUCUGGAGAAGCAGUUGCAAUUGAGCACUUUCUCCCAGCGAAGGGUAGAAGAGUUGCUUGAUCGAAUCAGUGACCUGGAGAAGGAACGUGAUCUUUUAAAGGAAAAUUCAGAAAAACUAUAUAGCAGUGCUUUUGAAGUGAGCAAUAGUCGAGAGCAGCAGCGGAAGUCGAGGGAGCAGCAGCUGAAAAUUCAGAUUGCCCAGCUGGAGGCGGCCCUUAAAUCAGACCUUGCAGAUAAAAAGGAGCUUCUUGACAGAAUGCAGAGAGAAAGAGAGCAAGCUGAGAAACUUGAUGAAGAGAAUAGGAAGCUCCAGCUGCGUUGUCUAGAACAAAAGCAUCAACUUGACGCAUUUCAGAACAGACUCGGAUAUUUCACAAAGGAGAGUGAUGUGGAUGUGACUGAACUCAGCGAAGCUUUAAUGCUGAUAAAGGCACGCAAGCAACAGAAGAAUGGGGAGUUGACGUUUUUGGAGAAGGUGGAGGAUGACAUGGGUAAAGACCUUGAGAAGUCAUUAAGAGAUUUACAGGCGAGCCACGCGGAAACUGUGCAUGAGCUGGAGAAGACCAGGAACAUGCUGAUAGUGCAGCAUAAAAUAAACAAGGAUUACCAGGUUGAAGUGGACGCAGUAACACAGAAGAUGGAGGGAAUACGCCAAGAUUACGAUAUAAAGUUGGAGCAGUACGCUCACCUGCUUGAUGUCAGAGCUGCUCGCAUACGCAAACUAGAAGCCCAGUUGAAGGACAUAGCAUAUGGCACUAAGCAGUACAAAUUCACACCAGACAUAACACCAUAUGAUGACGUGGAAGAAUUUGAUGAAUCUCUGCAUUUAGAAAGGGGUGAGAAUCUCCUUGAGAUACACAUAUCCAAGGUAGUAUUUUCUUUGUUAGCUACCAACAGCUUUGGAGACCAGGAACCAGCUACCUUCUGCACAUAUGCCUUUUAUGACUUUGAACUCCAAACAACACCUGUUAUGCAAGGUUUGCAAGCAUCCUACAAAUUCACCACUCAGUAUUUGGUGCGAGUGAAUGACUUAUUCCUACAGUAUGUACAAAAGAACACUGUAAGGUUUGAGGUUCAUUUGGCAAUUGGCACAGAUUACAAGACUGUUGCUGUGUGUCAGCUAAAGUUCCAUGAUAUCUUGGAGAAGACUGGGCGUAUCUACCUUAGCUCUAUGCUGGUUGGGGUUGACAAUGACAUUAGUAAUUAUGGCACUGUGGAGUAUUGGAUAAAGCUAAAAGUACCCAUGGAGCAAGCUGUUAGACUCUAUAAAGAACGAGCUAAGGCUUUGGGUUAUAUUACAUCGAACCUCAAAGAUCCAUUACAGAAUUAUCAGCCACCAGGUGCUGGAAAAUCUGAACACUUUGGGCUAAUAGAAGACAAUCUCAAUGAACUGUUUAUCACCAUCAAUAGUUGCAGUAAUCUGCAGUCCGGGACCAGCUCACCGCAACCCAGCCCAUAUGUGGCCUACACAUUUUUCCAAUUUGCUGACCACUACACCCCCAUUGUUACAAGCAGCAAUAAUCCUCAAUUUGAAGACCACAAAAGCUUCCCAGUGCCUAUGAAUGCUGACGUGGACCAAUAUCUAAAAUCUGAGUCCCUAAUUUUAUAUGUUUUUGAUGAUGAGGAAAUGAGUGAUGCUUACAUUGGAAAAGCCAGGGUGCCUCUCAUCCCUCUUGCUCAUGAUAAAUGCAUAUCAGGUACAUUUCAGCUCACAGAUUAUAAAGGCAAUGAUAGAGGAACUAUUAAAGUGACUCUAAAGUGGAAGUCCACAUAUCUGCCACCGAGAGAUUCCAUCUUAAAAGGACCGUUGGUGGAUGAUCUACCAAAAGAAGUACCCCAGCCUAUCCGCUUACUAAGAGAUGAUGAAGUACAGGCUCCGAAGGAAUCCAUUUUAGAGACCGCUCCUGUCGCACCGAUGCCAAAACCAAGAUCACGGAAACCUCCAGCAGACAAGAAAGUCUCAUUUGUUGAUAAUAAUAUUAAAAUUAUGGAUCCUGUUGAUCAAACAGUUGAUGAAGAAACCUCAGUAAUUAUGAAAAAUCCUGUAAACAUCUUAAAUAUUUCUGAGAUGGAACAAGAGAAACCUACAGAAGAUAGUUAUCUUAAAGAAGAAUUAAAGGAAUUUCAUGGCGAAAAGGAGGAGAGCUCGCAGCUGUCUGAUGGACAGUAUGAAGCCCAAAGCUAUGAUACAACAUCAGAAGAUGAAACCGAAGUAACUGAGGAUUUAGACGCAGAAGAUCAUGACGGAAAACAAACAACUGAUGGAAAUGAAUCUACAGCCACAGAUAGUGAUGACUGCGUCGUAUCCAUAGGAAAGGAGAAGAAACCGUUUUCUGAGAAAAUCAGCAUUGAGAUCACAUCUUUGAGUCUGGAUGUGAAUUCAGAAGCCGUAAAGAAUGAAACAAUAAAGAGAUUAUUUGUAGAAUAUAAACUGUGCAACCUGCCAGCUAUAGAGACCCCUGUUUCCCUACCGAAACCCACCAGCGGACAGCAAAUCCACUACAACUACACCAAUGUAAUUCAUCUGGAUAAGGCAAGUAGUCAAGACAAUAGAGAUUCCAUACGUUCAGUACUGAGGGAUCCUAACGCCGGCAGUGCAAGUGUUAAAUUUACAGUUGUGAGUGACCCACCAGAAGACGAGCAAGACUUGGAGUGUGACGACAUCGGGUUUAGUAGCGUCAGCCUGAUAGAAAUAUUACAGACGAAUAAAGAUAUCAUCAACAAAAAAAUAGAAAUUUAUGAUUCAGUGUCUGGAGUGAAAAUAAUUGGUAAGAUGACCGUGACAGUGGAAGCUGCUGAGGCACUGCAGUCAUUGAUGCAGGAUUAAGAAGACAAGUCUUUGUAUGGCAAAGGAAUUGCUGAACUUUGUUGCUUCCUCCAGAUUUGUUCCAGUUUUGAUCUUUAAAAUUAAUGUUUAAUAUGUUGAUAAUAAAGUGAAUUUAAUAGAGAAAUCCAGGCCGUAUAUAACAUUCUCUGUCCCACAUUUUUAGUUUUAAUGAUCACAUUCCUGUUGUUUUCAAUCAAGUGCAAAGACGCAUAAAUAUUUAACAGUUUCUAAAAGCAGUUGUCGUGAAAUGUUUGGCAAAUGUUUAUAUUGCAGGAAUGUGUGCUAAAAUGCUAACAUUUGUGUUAUGUAGGAAAUUAUACAAUUGCAGCACUUUAAUCUCCUAUAGGACCCAGAGAAAAAUCUCAUGUUCACCCUAGUUUACCCUUGAGAGUAAUACAGGGCCAUUUAUGUCUCUAUUGGCUGUAUGAAGUGUGGGAUUUCUCGAUUUGCAUCCGUGUGCUGCUUUUAUGUUUUGACUUUUAUUCACACAAUUUUUUGUUUUCAAGAAGUUGUCUCUACAAACGCAAUGUGUGUACUAAUGGUACUGUUUUUAUAUGCAUAUUUUUAUGUGUAAUUUAUUAAAAAUAAGUCCCUUUUGUAAUGAAUAA